CAUAUCAUAAGACUGUCUCUUAAGCAGCGAAUGAGAUAUCACUGAAAAACUGGUCCUUAUCUCAAAGACCACUCCUUUUUGUGCCCAAAACCUAUGGAUUAUCUGUAGCUCUGAUGUGUAUUCGCAGAGUCUGUGAACUGUUGAAGACUAAGAACAAGAAGACAAUUGUCGUCAUAUCAGUCGUGUUGGCAAUGGUUUUAAUCAAGUUAUCGGUUCUGGCGUUCGCCUUCAUCUUCUUCGCGCAGUCAGAGGGACGGGAGGUUGAGGUGACUCAUGAGGUGGUGUUUGACAUAAGGGUCGGCAACAAGAAUGUGGGAAGUGUUGUGUUGGCGCUGUUCGGCAAACUCACCCCAAGAACCGUCAAGAACUUCAUCUCUUUGGCCGAUCCCAAGGGAUUCAAAGGCAUGUCAUACAGAGGCAGCAAAUUUCAUCGAGUCAUCCCUAACUUCAUGAUUCAGGGCGGAGACAUCACGAGUGGUGACGGCCGCGGAUCCGUCUCUAUAUAUGGCGACCGAUUCCCCGAUGAAAACUUUGAUCUCAAACACACUGAGGCGGGUCUCCUGAGUAUGGCUAAUGCGGGUAAAGACACCAAUGGCUCGCAGUUCUUCAUCACAGUGGUGGCCACGCCAUGGCUGGAUGGCAAGCAUACAGUGUUUGGCAAAGUAGUGGAGGGCAUGGAUGUGGUCCGACAGAUAGAAAACACGAGAACAGUCGAUGACAAGCCUGUCAACGAUGUGGUGAUUGUGGCCACAAGAGUGCACGAAGUCUCCAAGAUAUUGAAUAUGAACGGACAGUAGUCCACCAAACAAUGUCUUCCCCAUUGCAAUACUCCUCCAAAUGGUGUCCAAUAAUUAAUUCUCAAAUGGUUUUCAUAUUAAAAUUAUUUGUAAUUUUAUUAUCGUUUUUAUAUUAAAAUUAUGUGUAAUUUUAUUAUUUUAAAGAUUUUAAGAAUCAAUUAAAAAUACACUCAAAAAUAA